UUUGAUGUGGACGAUCAAUGAUUUUCCAGCCUAUGGGAUGUUAAGUGGUUGGAUGACAAUGGGAAGACUUGCUUGCCCAAUUUGUAUGGAAAAUAAUAGAGGGUUUAGCCUUGCAUGUAGUAAAAAGACAUCAUGGUUUGAUUGCCAUCGUCGAUUCUUACCACAAGAUCAUCCAUAUAGAAGGAAUAAGACUUCAUUUACAAAAGGCAAAGUUGAGGUUCUAACUCCUCCACGAAGGUUGAGUGGUCAAGAAAUAUGGGAAAGGGUUCAACAUCUACCAAGUAUUGAAGAAUCGCAAGAACAAAAUCCAUCAGGCUAUGGGAAAGGGCACAAUUGGACAAAAUGAAGUAUUUUUUGGAAAUUACCAUAUUGGAAGACAAAUCUUCUUCGACAUAAUCUUGAUGUGAUGCACAUUGAGAGAAACGUAUUUCUCAAUAUUUUGUUCACAGUCAUGGAUACCAAAGGAAAAACAAAGGAUACUAUCAAAUCUAGAAAGGACUUGGAAGUUCAUUGUAAGCGUAGAGGUUUAGAACUACAUGUCGGCAAGAAUGGGAACCUUGUAAAGCCAAAGGCACAAUAUACAUUAACCAAACAACAAAGACUAGCUAUUUGUCAAUGGGUUAUAAGUCUCAAGCUUCUAGAUGGUUAUGCUUCCAAUUUGAGUAGGUGUGUUGACUUGAGGGAAGCAAAGUUAUUUGGCAUGAAAAGUCAUGAUUGUCAUGUGUUUAUGCAACGUUUGCUUUCACUAGCAUUCAAAGUGUUGCCUAAGCCAAUAUGGAACACUCUUACUGAGUUUAGUCAAUUCUUUAGAGAAAUUACUUCGUCCCUGCUUUCAGAAGAGAAGUUGUGUGUGUUACAAGAUAACAUUCCAAUCAUAAUGUGCAAACUAGAACAAAUAUUCCCUCCAAGUUUUUUUGACUCAAUGGAACAUCUACCAAUUCAUUUAGCAUAUGAAGCAAGAGUUGGUGGCCCUGUUCAAUAUAGAUGGAUGUAUCCAUUUGAAAGGUUUAUAGGAUCGUUAAAAAAGAAAGUUACAAACCAAGCUUAUGUGGAAGGCUCAAUUUGUAAAGCAUAUUUACUUGAGGAGAUGUCCACAUUUGCAUCAUAUUAUUAUCCUUCCCAUAUUCCAUCAAGGAGAACAAGAGUGUCACGAAAUGAUGACGGUGAACAAUCUUCUUCAUAUCCUCCAUUGUCAAUUUUCAAUUAUCCAUGUCGUCUUUUUGGGAAACGUAUCAAUUCUACCUUGGAAGAGAAGGAAAUGGAAGUUGCACAUUUGUAUGUGCUUUUAAAUUGUCCAGAGGUGGUUCCUUACUUAAAUAUGUACUCGCAUUUGUUACGGGAAUUGAACCCUGAGAUAAAUGAAGCCAACCUAGACAAGGAAAUUUCCAUGAACUUUUCUACUUGGUUUAAAACACAUGUGCUUAACCCUGAUAAUGCAAUUGAUGAUGUGCUUUUAAGGAGUUUGGCAUGGGGCCCUAUUAGAAAAGUCACAAAAUGGCCUAAUUGUGCUAUCAAUGGAUACAAGUUUGUAACUAAAUCCCAAAAUGAGGGAUUGAGUACAACAAACCAUCAUGUUUGUGUGCGAGGAGGCCAAUAUGAAGUAAUGGAAAAUGAUUAUUAUGGAGUGUUAAUUGAUAUUUGUGAAUUGGAGUACACUGGGUGACCUAACAAAAAGUUGGUUUUAUUUAAAUGUGACUGGUUUG